AUUGGGCCAUAUUUUACAUGGACUUAAAUCACAGUUAGUAAUGGAGAAAAUUAAAACAUAGGUAGAAGCCCAAUCUAAUUACUUCACCUUAAUCGUCCCUUCCACUUCACCUACAACUGUGAAAUACAAAUACAAAUCGAAGACGUUUCACUGCAAAAGUGCAAUUCAAACAUCAAUGACAUCAACAGACGAUGAGCAACGCAACUCCCAUCAAAAUCUUCAAAUUUCUAAGGAGACCCGCAACUGUACAAGCGAAGAUUCUCAGAUUGAGCAAAAGCAACUGAUAAAAGAACCACAAGAAGAAGAAGAAGAAGAUGAAGAAUUGCGACGGCUUUUGUUGCCUAAUGUGGACGAAUUGCCUCAAGUUCCCCCUUCCGCUGUUGAAUCCAAUUUCACAACUUUUUUCGCUCCGGAUAUUAUGAAGCCUGGACAUGAUCAGUAUGUUCAUCGUCAUGCCAAUGGGCUGUGCGUAAUUGGUUUGGCGCCGCAUCAUGUGGCAUUGAAGGAGAAAGGGGGAAUCGUUUCAGUCGACUUUAAUGUAGGGAAAUCCGACCGGAGCGGAAUUAAAGUCACUGGAAAGCGCAAAAAGAAUGCGCAGCAUUUUGAAUCCAACACGGCAUUAUGUAAAGUGUGCACUGCUGAGGGUUCAUACAUAGUGAGAUGUUGUGUAAAAGGGUCUCUAUUAGAAGUGAAUGAAAGGCUAAUCAAGCAACCAGAAUUGCUUAACACGAUGCCAGAGAGAGAGGGAUACGUUGCGAUUAUGAUGCCAAGACCUGCAGAUUGGCUCAAAGCAAAGGCCUCUCUGCUGGACUUUGAAGGCUACCUGAAGCUGAGAACAGAGCAGUGACUUGAUUUAUGCUCACCAGUGCUUCCUUCUGUCGCAGUGAGUCUUGAGGGCUUGUUGCAACAAAUUGCUUUCUCAACUUUUUGAAAAUGUAGAUGGAACUUGUAACUUUAUCUAAUUAAUUGGAUCUAACAUUAUUAUCC